AUGUCCAAUUCUUCACUGUACGAGCAAUUGCCGCUUCCAUCAGAGGAGCAGACUAUCAGAGUCCUUUCCAUAGAGCCGGGAACCAAGGGCACUAUGGUCAAAGCCUCGAUGUUCAAGUUGGAUCUCAAUGACCCCCAGCGACCCCCAUACAACACACUCUCUUACACAUGGGGCGAACCAACUAUUGUCGACCAGAUCAUGGUCAACAGCAAGCCUAUUGGAGUGGGAGCAAACUUAUUCCAAGCGCUACAGCACAUUCGUUCCUCCGAGUCACCGAUUGAUAUCUGGAUAGACGCCAUCUGCAUCAACCAGACAGACAACAAAGAAAAGGCCCACCAGGUAUCACAAAUGGACCUGGUCUAUCGACUAUGUGAGCAAGUCUAUAUCUGGCUAGGCUGCUCAGAGGCUUCCAGUACGGUUGACAAUAACCCCUUCGCACUUGUGGAACAUUUCGCCGCCAACAAGCAUUUCCACGACCUGCCAGGCUACUAUAAAGAUGUCACCACCGGCCUCUGGAGUUGCGACACCGAACAUGUGGAGUUUACCUCCAUGUGGAAAGCAUUUGACCUUGUUGCCAGUAGCCCAUGGUGGCAUAGAGCUUGGACAGUACAAGAAGCUGUCCUGCCAGCCAAGGCUGUGGUGAUAUAUGGCACUUGGAAGACUUUGUGGGAAACCUUUGACCUCUGUGAAAGCUACCGAUUGGAACAUCUGUCCAACUAUAGCGCAGAGUGCUGUGGCAAGUCAUACGAAGCGGUAGGUGUAAGUCGAGGGUUUCCCAUGGAUCAAGUCAUGGGAUACGUCGCUUCGCUGAAGCGAUCGCGCGGCGGUGCGCAAGGCUACAAAAGCUUUUCUGAUAUCAGCUUUGCGUUCAUGAACCGCCAAUGCUUCAACCCUAGGGACAAGAUAUACUCUCUCCUGGGAUUUGCGGGCUCGGCUGCAGCCUCCCUCUAUCCGGACUACACGAAAGAAGUCUCAGAAGUAUACACUGAGGCGUUUCGCAAAAUGAUGGAGGAGAACGAUAUGAGUCCUCGGUGCUUACUUGGCGAAGGCUUCAAUAGUCACAAGUUCAACUUGCCCUCCUGGGUGCGCGAUUUCUCGGUCAGUUUUGAUUCAAAGUUUCAGCUUGGUCGUGCUCAAGGAGCGUAUAACCUCUUCAAAGCCUGUGGAGAUAAACAAGGGAAGCUCGAAUGGACAGACGGCAAGUCACUACUAGCAAAAGGAAUGCUGGUUGACCAAGUCAAAGCUGUUGCCACAUGGGUCUCGUCUUCAAAUCCGGAUAACUUGAAAGAAAUCCUUGAUGAUUGGCGUCGGACUUGUGAAGACAACGGAGUCAAGGUCAGCACUGAGCAGAGAGACGAAGUGUUUGCCCGGGUCUUGUGUGGCGAGGUCACAGAGCAAGCUUAUGGUCAAAAGCUACUCGAGGAGGAUGACAUUGAUCUUCCCAACGAUGCACAGUGGAGUGUUUACCUAGGAGAAGGAAACGCCCGUGCUCUUCCCCGAAAAUAUAGGAUAGCUAUUGGGUCGACUAUAGAUAGGAAGGUUCUCUAUGUAACCUCCUCAGGGCGUGUUGGUCUGUCGUGCCCCGGCAUCACCGUUGGAGAUGAAGUUUGGGUCGUCUAUGGUUCGAAUGUACCCUUCAUACUGAGGCGUCAGUCUGGAGCAGGCAUUGAGCACCGUUUAGUGGGGGAGACGUAUCUUCAUGGGGUCAUGCAUGGACGUUGCGUGGGAGACGACGAUUCAGGUGUAGACUUGUGUCUUGUGUAG